UGUGGAACCUUUUAUCUCUUGUCGUUUCUACACGGUCCCUUUUACAACCAGGACCGACCUCAUCAUGGCGAGACACCUUCGCUUCAUUUCUCGGACAGUGAUGGUCCACGGCGAAAACGUUGACGGGGCCUACAGUAGCCUCAACAGGAUUCUUAACCAGGAAGGAAUUAUCGAUACGGUGAGACGUCGGCGCUACUACGAGAAGCCCUGCCAAGAGCGACGCCGGCUUUGCUAUGAGAGAUGUAAGCGGAUAUACAACAUGGAAAUGGGCAGAAAAAUCGCCUUCAUCUCCAAAACUAACAGGAAGGAUCCCUGGCUAGGCUGCUAGAGAACAGAACGUCGUCACUGUCGGUGACAGAGCUGGCAAAGUGAAGAAAACACAUCAAAACGAUAGACUGACAGUUUUGCUACAAAACAAAGUCACUAACGGCCUGCUGUUCUACAAUAUCAUCUGUGUUAAUGUACUAAAAGGUUACAAACAUGAAGUUAAACAUUGGCAACUUUUUAUGGUCAAUUACGUGCUAUAGGGCUUUGAUGUCCUAUCACUUAUCGACCCCAGGUUCCAGAUGACUCAGUGUUCCCGUGCUGUGUAAUUGUGUAUUGCUUAAAAAUUGUUCUGGAACUGAAUGUUCUUGUGUAAACAGGAAGCCCUGAUAAUAAAAAAAAUACAAACAAGUAAAGGGACA